GUGAAGUCGUGUACCUACCCACACAGACAUGGAGGAAGUUACCGUGAUACUAAUAUUAAUUUUUGCAACUUUUCAAAUGUUAUGGCUCAGAAGAAGGCAGAUUGAAGAAAGUGAAAGGAACAUAAGAGAACUGAAAAGAAGGAGAGAGAGACUGAGAAAAAGAUUGGAGUUCACUAUGGAGAGUGCAGAUGCUUCACUUUUUGACGAGAUGCUGCGGCGCCGUAAUCAAACAUUAAGACAGGUCAUCGCCUCAUUCAGACGCCGGAGACCCCCAGUCACCUGGAUAAGAAGCAGGUCAUCCGAAUGGUGGGACAAUACUGUGUCGGGAUUCACCGACGGUCAGUGGAUCAAACAUUUCCGAGUGUCAUCGGGGACUUUCCAGUACGUAUGCCACAAACUUCAGCCAGUGAUGGAGAGGAGGGACACCAAGUUCCGUCUGUGCGUACCCCUGCGUAAGCGGGUUGCCAUCGGUCUGUGGAAACUCGCCACUAAUUCAAAGUACCGCAAUGUUGCGCGCCUGUUCGGAGUCGGCAUCACUACGGCGUGGCGCUGCGUGAGUGAGUUUUGCACCGCGGUUACUGAAGUAUUUCUGCCCAGACUCAUGCAGAUUCCUGACCCCGAGAAACUGGCAGAAAUAUCUGACUACUUCGAAAGGAGAUGGAGUGCCCCGAAUUGUGUCGGUGUUGUACACGUGUCCCAUAUACCCAUCGUGGCCCCACAAGAAUACCAGUGCGACUAUUUAAAUCAGCAGGAUUGGCACUCCGUUAUACUGCAAGCGGUUGUGGAUGGAAGAGGACUGUUUUGGCACGUUUGUGUUGGCAUCCCGGGAAGCGUGCAUGACGCAAGAGUUCUCAAACAGUCGGACCUUUGGCAACUUGGAAACAAUGCAUUCUUCCAACCUAACGAAACGAGGAACAUCGGAGGACAAGAGGUCGGCUAUUAUCUCAUUGGAGAUGCGGCGUAUCCGUUGCAGAAGUGGCUUAUGAAGCCGUACUUUGACACUGGGACGUUGACCGCGGCACAACGCACUUACAAUUCCAUCAUUGGCACGGCGCGAUCGGUCAUUGACAACGCGUUUGACAGGUUACAGGGCAGGUGGCAGUGUCUGGUGAAACGCAGUGACUGUAACGUGAAUUUAGUGAAAAGUAUGGUAUUGACAUGUUGCAUUCUACACAAUCUAUGCGAAAGCCGCGGCGAGGUCUUCAGGGAGGAAUGGCGGUGGCCAGCCGCACCCCAGCAGCCCAGCGUGCCAGCGUACCAGGAACGAGUGACAGAAGGGACCGAAGUGCGCGAGGCUCUCCUGCACCAUUUCGCAUCACUUCAGGAGCUCACCAUUAACAAUUGAACUUAAAUAUUCUAUUUGUACGGUUUGAAGUAACACAUACAGAGAGAGCAAAACAGUCUUGCACUUUACAUGAUAUGACAUGUAAAAUGUCUGGCUGGCUCUUUCGUGUUGAAUGAGGUAUAAAAGGUGAACAGUGAAGUCCUUCAAGAACAUUAAAGGAGGGGACACUGUACAUGUGGGAUUCAAAUGGUAAAAGAAAGUGGAAACUGUAAAGGUGCAAAAAAAUCCUACAACAAGACAAAGAUGGGAAGUGUGUACAUAAAGGCUUCAACACUAGAAAAAGCGAUGCCCAUCUGUAUAGUUGGUUCAUUUCAAAUUAUGGAUUGUGCCCAGAGCAACAACACAUAAUUAAAGCAUUUAUCACGUUUAUACAUUAUUUCCUGCUGUGGAUGGCUCAGAACUUAAACAACCUGAAAUGAAUUUUAGUUUAAUUUUAUUGUCCCAAGGGUGACAGCCAUGAAAUAUAAACAAAAUGGUGCAAAUAAAUAAAUAAAAUAUAGUAAUAAGCAUAAUACUUAUUAAAUCAAAUUUAUUAGACAUAAAAAUGAAAGCAACAUUUAGACUUGACUGAAGCAAAUGCUAACUGUUCAACCUAUGAUUUAAGCCUGUGGAUGUUUAUUAAUAUUGAACUUAUUUCAAAGAUAUUAAUAAUAGCAGCUGGAAUUAUAGAGAAUUUUAACCCAUUGCCUUUUAUCCUGGGAGCCUUGAAGUUGUGACCUGAUGGCAACAAUUGAACUUGAGAAUGCGAUGGGGCCAGUCCUGCCUGAUGAAAUACACUGUGCUUUCUCUAAUGCUUGGCUGUGAGACUGAACUGCUGAGACUCAAUUUUCCAAUUCGAUUUAUUUUGUUUUGGGUUUUUUUUGUUUUUUUUUGCUGACAUUGUUUUGUCACAAAAUUAAAUGGUAUCUAUUGCAUGAAUGUUCACACUCUCAUGCAUUUUAAUUUAAUUUUAAUCUAUGGCACUUCUUCAGCAUACAAAGCCUCUCAAAUGUAGGCCAGUUGGGGUUUUGUUGCCCAGAUGAUUCAAACAUUAAUACAGUGUUUUUACAUGCAGGUGUUUAUAAAACAAUUUUUUACAUUUUGAUUUCUCAAUUACGACACUUGAACAUUAUAUUUUGUAGUACCUGAGAACCUACAAGAAUUGCCCACUCAAACAGUACCAGCACUGAUCUUAGGCGUUUUUCUCUCUCUCAGUACAUUCUGGUAUUUGAAGGAUUAGAAUAUUAAAACAGUUUUGACAAGAACAGACCAUUCAUCCCAACAAAGCCAAUUCUGUUUACUUGAGCUCUCCAAAGUAAAAUAAGAGUCAAGUUUAUGAUGUCAUCUUCAGUUUCAAGACCGUUGGCUUACCCUAAAGAUCAUUCCAGUGAGCUUGCAUUCAGGUAUGGCAUUUUGUUUUUUAAGAAUAUGCAUUUUUAAUAAGAGCUAGAAUUGUUCUUCUUUUUCACUUGGUUGCUGUUGUUCAUACAUGUCAUGCAAUCAAGAUGGUGCAGUGGUUGCUCUAAUGCCACACCCUUUGCUGCCUCUGCAUAUUCUCUAUAUGUCAAUCGGUUUUCCACCCAUAUAUACUAGGACAUGUGUUAGGAUAUCUGGUAAUUCUAAUUUGGCCUGAUGUGCGUCUAAACCUUGCAUUCCGACUGGUACAUUGUCCAGAAUUGCUUCCUGGUUUGUUCCUGAUGAUGCUAAGAAAAGCUUCAUCUCCCCAUGACCCUGAAAUAAAAUAAGAAUAUAAUAUGCAUA